CUAUUAAUGUUGUUAUCCCUGCCAAUAAGUCAGCCCAGCUUUCAUCACUAAGCGCACUCUAAAUGUUUUUUUCUGUGGAGCUCCUACUCCAGAUGUUACGGCUUCAUCCGGAAGUGUUGCAGGCUGUCUGCUCUCUGCUGCCAUCUCCUGGCGGACAAGGAGUCCAACUUUUUGCUUCCAUUUGCAGAACUUUGCGGUGAAGCUUCCAGCCAUCAGACAGCGGAGCUUAGCAGGGAUCCGGAGCAGCGUUUGUUUCAGCGGGUCUCCCCGAACAGAGGCCGAGCGGAGCCGGAACCGCCCCCCUGCCUGUCAGUCACCGUCACAGACCGGGGAGCUGCACAAUCCGCGCGCGACUUUCAGCCCUCGAGCGCGUCUCCCCGUCUCUCUCCCACGCGCGCAACUUAAAGCCAGCCUCAGCACCGCGAAGAUGUCCGAGUUCUUCAGCCUGUCGGACUGCGACGUCAUCGGCUUUGAUCUGGACCACACGCUGUGCCGCUACCGUCUGAAGGAGACGUCCAGGCUUAUCUAUGAGAGCUUCGCCCGCUAUCUGGUGGAGCAUAAGGGAUACGACCGAGACCUCCUGAAUCUGACUCCUGCUACCUGGGACUUCUGUUUUAAAGGAUUAGUGGUGGAUCUGGAGGACGGAAACAUUGUGAAAUUGGCUGAAGAUGGAACUGUGCUACGAGCAACACAUGGAACCAACAACCUCAGCACAGAGGAAAUCAUCAAACAUUACGGGCCACAACGGGAGUGGAAGCACUUCGACAGCUUAAAUACCUCCUUCACAAGAUCAGCUAAAUACUACUUCUAUGACAAUUACUUUGAUCUGCCGGGUGCUCUGCUCUGUGGAAAAGUUGUGGACAUGUUGCACAAGCGGGGAAACGAGGUGAACUCUGACUUUUGGAAAGACAUGGUGGCUGCCAUCGACCAUAACUACAAUACUUCAGCAUUUAAAGAGGAUGCAGGGACUUAUUUCCCCAGCAUUAAGAAGGAUCCUGGCCGUUACCUGCAGCCGUGCUCAGACUCUGUGAAGACCUGGCUGCGCAGCAUGAAAACCGCUGGGAAGGUCCUCCUCCUCAUCACCAGCUCCCACAGUGACUACUGCAGGCUGGUCUGCGAAUACAUCCUGGGGAAGGAUUUUGAGGAGCUGUUUGACGUCAUCAUUACCAACGCCUUGAAGCCUGGGUUUUUCUCCUUGGUCCCCCAGCAGAGGCCCUUUAGGACCCUCGUGAAUGAUGUGGAAGAAGCAGAGGGCCUUCCAUCGCUGGACAAGCCGGGCUGGUACUCCCAGGGCAACUGGCCACACCUCCGUGAGCUGCUCAAGACCAUGACAGGAAAACCAGAGCCCAAGUCCUUGGCAGAGAAUGAGAGGGAUGAAGCCUGGGUGAUAAAUGAGCUCAGAGAGAUUCACAUGGGGAUGAUGAGUAGCUCAGUCUGGUUUGUGUGUGAACUAUGUGUGCAGGAGCAGGGCAUGAAGUCCCCCUCUGCCGUGUCCGACCAGUGGGGCUCCUACUUUGUUGACGUGCACAGAAGUGGAGGGGGAGACGAGGAGCACCAGAAACUGACCUGGUGCUGUCACUGCAUCCACACAUACAGCACCAUGGCCAUCCCCAGUGUGGAGCACAUAGCUGGUCUUCCUCUGGAUUACAAGUUCCCCAGGUUUUCCCCAGAGAAGCCCUGCACAAUCGGCUACUACCCCAGGCCUCCAGAUUCCGUGCUGAAGAGGUGUGAGGAUCUUUCAUGAAAAAGAAAAAAGAAAACACAGGAUAAUUAAAAAAAAAGGUCCCCUCUAACCCCUCUGCCUCAGGAGAGGAAUGUGCCUCUGUUUUUUUUUUUUGCCUGUAGUCUCCCUAACAUCGCAGAGCGCAUACACUCAUCACCCAUCCAGAGAAACCAUGUGAAUGUAAGCCACAGUAACUGUAACAACGCCUACAUUUGAAGUUGUUUUGUGGUUUAGUGUCCCAAACCUGUGGAAAUACAAGAAAAAUAACAGUGUGUGUGUGUCCUCCUCUCUUGUUUUAAGCAGUUGAAUCAGUUCAACUGCUCUAAAAGAAGCUGAACCUCUGUUUGUGUCUCUUAACGUGAACUGAUUACCUCAAUCUGCUGUAAUAUAAACAGGUGAACUCAUCCCCUCACCUCCUGGUUCAUCGUGUCAGUAAUUCUGUAACGGUGGAGUUGCGUCUCUGUAACGAUGGUUUCUAUGUAUGUAUCUUAGUAACCUGAACGUGAGGUAAAAGCUCUCCCUGUGGAAGUCACUGUCGCUCUCAGACUAGCACAAUACUGUCUUUUAUGGUUGGGUUUAUAUGGUAGCUGCUUCAUGAUAACAGUGAAAGAUGAGCUGAAUAUCCUGUGUGUUUAUUAAAGCCGGGCUUACACUGUGAGAUUUUUGUCAAUCGUUGCACGCGGCUACAGCUCAAACUGUACAAAGAAGCCGCCGGGUUUCACAGCUCACAAUGUAUGUUCUCACACUGUGCGGCCCGACGCUCUGAUGCGAUCUAACUGCUCACUCUGUACGUCUAAAAACCACACGUCGGACUCGGGGCCGAGAGAUGGUGCUGGUCAGACAAUCUGGAAGAAGAAGUAGAACUUCCUUGUUUGCACAUGUGCAGUGAGGUUCUGGUAAAUCAGCAGGAUUUGAACAUGUUUGAUUUUCUCCUUAACUUACGAUUCCCGGUGGGGAGGUGGUCGCCCCUCAUUACCCCCUGUACGCUACACGACACAGGACGCACAAUGAGGCUCCAACUCGGCCCUAUUGAAAAAAAUUUUUGCACAGCAGGAAAAUUGGCCCAAUAAGGGCAAAAAAAAAAAUCGUACAGUGUACGCCCGGCUUUAGUGCUACAUGUUUUUGCUUGUUUCUAGAUGUGGACCAUGUGUUACUUCAUUGGUGUAUACCGACCUCUGAAUGGGUAUUAUUUGUUGUGCAGUCGUACUCUGCGAGUAUGUUGGUAUCUCUUAAUGGUUAUUGGUAUCUUUUUUUUUUUUUUUACGGGAUAGAGCAUCCUUUGGAAAUCCAGAGGAACGAAAACCUUGAAAAUCCUGAUCAGCUGAUCUUGGACUCAUGAUGUUUUUUUAGUUUAAUUCUUUGAAUCCAUCCUAAAUAUCCUUCAUUUUCUGGUAGGUAAAGCCGGGCGUACACUGAUAUGAUAGUUUCAAUCGUCGCACGCAGCUACAGCUCACACUGUACAA